GUUGUUCUUCAGAGGCAAUCGCUGGUCUUUCAAUCAUCCCACACAUUUGUUGAGCACCUACUAUACACCAGGCACUAUUCUGGGCACUGGAUAUGGAAUCAAAACUUGCAAAAUCCCUAAAUCCAGCAUGCGUCAGUAGUUAAACAUAGGGAUCUAGAGUCAAAUCAACUGAUUUUGAAUCCCGUCUUCCCCACUUUCCCCCCACCACCAUUACUAUGGAUUUAACCCAAGGCACUCUACCACUGAGCUACAUCCCUAGCCUUCCCUAGGUCUGUGAAAACUGGUAUUUUAAUAAUUUUGUGACAGGGACUCAUUAAGUUGCCUAGGCUGUCCUUGAUCUUGUGAUCCUCCUACGUCAGCCUCCUGAGUAGCUGAUCUUGGAUCAGCUAUUCUAAAUGAUCUUGGAUUAUUUAUCCCGUCAUUGCAAACUAGGUUUUCUUGAUCUUGAAGUGAAGAUAACAGUUCUAUUUUAUAAGGUUAUGAGUAUUAGAUAACACAUAUGUUUAUGUGUAUUUAUAUGCUCCCCCACAUUUAUAUGAAGCACCAAGAACAGUGCCCAGAACAUAGUAAAUGCUCAACAAAUAUUGGUGUUAAUUAUAAUGAUGUGAUUGAUCUCUUUCUCCUUUCCUAUGAUACAGACUAGAAAUGAUUAAAUGAUUUAUUUUCUCCGUAAUCUUCAUUUCCUUUCUUUGCUAUAUAAUCAAAAAUCAAUUUUUUAAAGAAUAACAGUAAAAUUAAGUUGUGUGAGUUUGAUUAUUAACUACUUCUGUAUAGGACUAUUUACUGAGUCCUAUUAAGAAACCAACUAAUACAUCACUAGAGUAUAGAGGUUGUUUUAUUAUUCUUUCCAAUCUACCUUUUAAAAACCUCAUGUAAUUUGGAGGUUUUGUACUAUAAUUUCACCUUUUAAUGUCACAAAAUACAUAUUUGGGGAAGAUUCUGCAUUUCACAGGACAAGAAUUAAGCACUUCUGAGCAAAAUUUCUAAUUAUGUAGUUUGUUAUAUUAAGGAACUUUAUGAAUGAAGUCUCCAACCAGCUGGGAAAACACCUUUCAUUCCUAGAAAAGCAACCAAUUUUUUUUUUUUUGGCUCUUUGCUUUCUUUUUUUUUUCCCCCCAGGGGAAUGGUCUUAAAGUAGAAAAAGAUUAGAAGCAAAUUACACGCAGAAAGGAAGGUAGGAGGGGAGAAAGAAAAAAGAACAACUCCUAGGGGAAAAAAAAAAACACUUAUAAAUAUUAGGCUAAGAACUAUUUCUUUAUUUGUCAUAAAAAAAGGAUCAUUAGAGGAUAUAGUGAAGAUUGCCAGGAAGUUGGAUGAAGUGUUUUAUAUCACUUACUGGACCAUUUACAUGAAAUCUAAAAAGAAAUGAGGGUAGACCUAUUUGGUUCACAGCCCUUGAUAAUCAUUUGGUUUAUUUUUUCUUUCUCUCCUUUGUUCUUGAUUUUAUUUUGUAUUGUUUUCCUAUAGACAAAGUUUACAGGUCUAUAAAUGGUUAGUUACAGUACAGGAAAUCUUUUCUCCUAGCCUAAGCACGAAAUAACAGAGGAGUAGGAAAAGGGGGAGAGCUGAGAAAUUGAAGUAAAUGCCUCCAUUGGGAUUUUUACUAUUGCUUAAUGAUGGGCUCAAGGUAGGUUUGAGGAGUUCUGCAUUCUCUUUAAAGCAUUUUCUAUGUUCUGGUAUAUUAUUGACAUAAAUGGAUUAACAAUAAGGACAUCCGGCUCAAUGAAAGUUUUGAAAGGCAUGAAGUCAAUACUAAAUAGAUGAGACCUUCUCUAAGGCACUGGCCACUGUACUUCUCCUGGUCUUUGUCUAUACUAAUCAAAUAAUGUGCUGGAAACCUAACUCUGAUUUAUUAGGGAUGCAUUAGGCAACUAGUGUGUGACCUCUUUGACUUACCUUUGGACCUUGUCAUUUCUCAUUUCUCUGUUUUGGUUACCUAUUACAAAGUAAUAACCCAUUUCUAAACUAAGCAUUAAAUUUAAUAUUGUCCGAUGGUGCUGUUGUUAACUGGGCUCAGCUGGACUCUUGAGAUCUUUCAGGAGAUUGCAGUGAGAUUGCAGUCAGAUUGCAACACAGGCAGCAGUAAGUAAGUAUCCAAGAUGCUGACUUUAUUCAGAACUCUGGCACCUCUGCUAGGAUGGCUAGAAAAGCUGAGGACUGGUUGGUUCUCUGUCCAAGAAAUUUCUCCAUGUUCCUGUCUCAAGCUUGUUUAUAAUAUAGUAAUAUCAUGGUAAUCAGACUUCUUUCAUUGAGCUGGCUUCCAUCGGACAAGUGUUCUAAGAUUCAGAGAGGACCUGUAAGGUCAUAAGAAAUCAUUUUCCCUGAAUUUUAUUGUUCAAAACUCUAGCCACCCCAGAUCCAAGUAAGGCCUAUAUGCAAGGACAUGGGAAGAAGCAAACAUGGGUCAUUGCAGGUAGGUGUAGAAGGACAUCUUUAAAGGCUACCCAUACCCUCUUUGUCAAAAGGUAGUCAGACUUAACCUGUAACACAACUAUUAUUCCACUGCCCCAAACAUAUCUAGGAAACAGAAACCUACCUAGAUACUUCUUGGAUGGUGAACAUAUGUGGCUCUUGAUAACAUACAUAUUUUUAACUAAACAUUUCUUCCAUUGAAUGAGUGUCAUUUAUGGAAUUACAUUGGCUGGCUUAUACACACUUGUACCUGUUAGAAGACAGUACUAACCAAAAUAUUUUGGGGUUAUAUAGUGGAUUAGAGACAGUUAACAAGUCACUCAGUACAAUUCAUCUCAAUCCUUUCUAAUCUAUGCAAUAGUAGUAUCAUAGCAUACAAUAAUUAUAGAAUGUUUUGCUUAUUGAAAGGAGUAAAUUAUUAUUAUUAAUAUUUGUGGUACUGGGAAUUGAAGCUGGGGUGUUUUACCACUGAGCCAUAUCCCCAGCCCUUUUAAUUUUUUAAGACAGGGUCUUGCUAAGUUGCCAAGACUGGCUUUGAAUUUGCAAUCCUCCUGCCUCAAGCCUGCCGAGUUGCUGUGCUUACAGGUGUGUACCACCAUGCCUGACAAUUUUAUUGUCAUUGUUCAAUCAUUCAUUCAUUCUAUCAGCAAGUAUUUUUGAAUACCUAUGAUGAGACAGGCCUUGUAUUAGUUGAUUGAGUGAAGGGACAGUUUGCUGCUGUGGUCAGAUUUUUCCUUUACCCAUAGAAAUAGAAGCAGCUUAAAUGCUAAUUAUAUGAAUUCAUGUGUUCAUAUAUUUGGGCACAGGAGAAAGCUGUGUUAUAGAACAAUAGUCACAGUAUUGAUUAGGCCUGAUCUUUGUGCAUUAUUUAAUUCCCCAGAAAAUCACAGUAGGGACAGCCAUUUUAUUCCAGUUUUGUAGAGUUUGAAACUCUGACUCAGAGUAGUUACAUGGCAUUUCAAAGGUCACCCAGUCAAUAAGUGGUGGAACUUGGAUUUGAACCCAGAGCACCGGCUGUGAAAAACUACAUUAAAGUAAUACUUUUGCAUUAAUCUUUACAUUCCAUAUUUUUUAAUACUUUAUUUAUUUUUAUGUGGUGCUGAGGAUCGAACCCAGUAUCUCACACAUGCUAGGCAAGCACUCCACCACUGAGCCACAACCCCAGCCCCAUUUCAUACUUUUAAAAGAAAUAUUUUUUACUAUAAUCAGGCUGUCUGUAUUGAUGUUUGGCCAAAUAUAUUGAUGUUUCUCACGGUCACCCCAUCCAGGGCUGCUUUUGGUUUCAUACUGACCAUUCUGAAAUUUAAGAAGGAUGGGUAAAGAAUAAUGGAAACAACUUUCAUUGAAACUUUACUGUAUGCCAGUCAUUACAUUUAAUUUGCAAAGAAUGCUAAAUUGCUGUGACUUGAAGAUUUACAAAAUAAAAAUAAAACAAAUGAACCUCUUAUUAACCAUCAUGAAUUCCAAAACUAUGAAGGUAUUUCAAAUAUGCCUGGUCCUGGAAAAAGAUGAUUUCUAGUCUCCAGGAUCUCACCAGGCAACAGGAGAGAGUCAACAGGUGUUUUCACUGGCAGUACACUCUAACAAGGCACACCCACACUUAAAAUGAUGAGAGGAGAUGGGAGGGAUGCUAGGAAGAGGCAGAGAUUGGAGAAAUUAGCUGGAGAAGAGAGAGAGCAAGAGAUUUCAUCCAGAAAGUACACCCUGUGUAAAGGUUCAAAGUCUGAGUUUAAGAAAUUCUAGGGACUGAAAUAAUGCUAUAACAGGCAGGCAGGGUGGAUGUGUCAGGGUGACCAGAGUCAAGGCUGGCCAAGAGCUCUGGAGGUUUGAAUGAAUGGUAGUCAUUGAAAAAGGCUUUGCUAAGUAGUUUGGUUUAUUUUUUAGAUGUGAAAAACCAGAUUAAUGAUCAGACAUGACUCCUCUUAAACUGUGGCUUCCCUCUCUCUUUACAGAGAUUGGAAAUUAUUCUUCUGCUUGGGAAUGGUUUUCAAUAUGUACCAGACAUUAUAAAGGCUUCCCUUCUAUUUCUGUAUAUUUACAUUUGGUUACAAUCAGGCUGAUCAGAUAAAAGCAGCAGCUGUCAUAUUUUAAUAUUGUGAGUCAUUCAUUUGUUCAUUUACUCAUUUACCCAGGAAAACCAAAUUUGUUUGCCACCGCAUCAGCUCUACAGAUUCAAAUUGCUGUACAUUUAGGUAACAUUCCAAGGGGGAGUACACGCAUUAUUAUAAACCUCUGCCAUAGGCAGCUUACUUCAAGACAGUUUUAAAACCCUUACUUUCCAGUCUAAUUCUCCAGCUAGGUGGGUAGGGGCUGAAAUGGCCUCUCCAGUGUACCCAAAUAAAGAAUGAAGAAACCCUGCUAAUUUUUUCCUCAUUGUCAGCAUAAACAGGGUGGAGCCGCCUGGAAGGGAGGCCUUAAGUUCCAGCAAAGACACAAAGUAACAGCAAAGUGGCAGCCACACCUCUUAGGCACUGCCUCCUACCAAGGGGUGACAGUGACCUCUCCAGCCAACAGGACCCUCCCAAGGGAUUGGCUCCCUCUCGCAGGACCUCUCAAGGAGGGAGAACCAGUAAGAGCUUCUAGUAUUAAAGAGUUGAAUUUGCAUCACAAAUAGAGCAGAACACCCAGCUGCUUUCCCCAGCACGUCUGGCUUCUGCUCUCUUCUUCAAACUCCUGAUUUUAAAAAAUACGGUGAGCAAAAGUGUGUUCUUCGGCGCGUCUUUGAGAGCUCUGCAAAAGCUGCUUCCGCGCCACAGUUUCACAAUCUCAACUCAAGGGCAGGCCCUCCCUCUCUCCUUUUCUCCCCUCCUUCCACCUGACAGGGACCAUAAAUAACUGAGGCUCCUGGUGUUCCCAGCUAGGAACAAAGUUGAAAGUUUGCCUGGAGCUCCUGGCCACUCCCCACCAGGGCAACUUCUUUGUUUUCUUCUAAUGUUUUUGCUCUCUACCUGAGUUGGCUGUUGCCUCAUUCAUAUCUGAGAAGAGUCACCUCCUAAUUAAAUGCAGCACCUCGCGCUUUCUCCCAGCGUUUCCAGCGGUCUCAGUUACCCAGUUAGCUAGCCACUGAGCGCUGGUAUCAAAUUACGGAAAAUCUACACCGGAGCAGUCCUCAUAUUUACAUACAAAUAACUCUUGGGCUUGCAUUUAUGUCACCAUUCGGUCCUGCUAGAGGCUUGCCAGAAGAGUUCUUAAUCCAAUCAGAAGGCGCUUUAAAAGGAUGUCUGCGGAGGGAUCAAAAGGAUCUUAAUCUCAAUUAAGUGUCGCCAGAUUUUUUUUUUUUUCUGUCUGCAAUUUUGAAAAUCUUUGCACUCUGAGGAGCGGGAAAAAGAUGUGUGAUUCCUCAGUUGCCUACGAGGAGACCGAGAUGCUGAGGGGAACUCGGCAGCCGUGGUGAAGAGAGUGGAUCCAACCCAGGGAUUGGUUUGCUUGGGCUGGUUUGGAGGUUGAUUCUAAAUCACUGCCUAAGAAAUUCCUGGAAACAUCAGGAAAACAUUUGACCAGCCCAGCUUGGUGGAAAUGGCUUUACCACAGAGUGAAGAUGCGAUGACAGGGGACACAGACAAAUAUCUUGGGCCCCAGGACCUUAAGGAAUUGGGUGAUGAUUCCCUGCCUGCAGAGGGUUACAUGGGCUUUAGUCUUGGAGCCCGUUCUGCCAGCCUCCGCUCCUUCAGUUCGGAUAGGUCUUACACCUUGAACAGAAGCUCCUAUGCACGGGACAGCAUGAUGAUUGAAGAACUUCUUGUGCCAUCCAAAGAGCAGCAUCUAACAUUCACAAGGGAAUUUGAUUCAGAUUCUCUUAGACAUUACAGCUGGGCUGCUGACACCUUGGACAAUGUAAAUCUUGUCUCAAGUCCUGUUCAUUCUGGCUAUUCUUCUCCACUUCCUCAGUAUGAUUCAAGGUUUCUGGUUAGCUUUAUGGUGGAUGCAAGAGGUGGCUCCAUGAGAGGAAGUCGGCACCACGGGAUGAGAAUCAUCAUUCCUCCACGCAAGUGUACAGCCCCCACCCGAAUCACCUGCCGUUUGGUAAAGAGACAUAAACUGGCCAACCCACCCCCCAUGGUGGAAGGAGAGGGAUUAGCCAGUAGGCUGGUAGAAAUGGGUCCUGCAGGGGCACAAUUUUUAGGCCCUGUCAUAGUGGAAAUUCCUCACUUUGGGUCCAUGAGGGGAAAAGAGAGAGAACUCAUUGUUCUUCGAAGUGAAAAUGGUGAAACAUGGAAGGAACAUCAAUUUGACAGUAAAAAUGAAGAUUUAACCGAAUUACUUAAUGGCAUGGAUGAAGAACUUGACAGCCCAGAAGAAUUAGGGAAAAAGCGCAUCUGCAGGAUCAUCACUAAGGAUUUUCCCCAGUACUUUGCAGUUGUUUCACGGAUUAAGCAGGAAAGCAACCAGAUUGGUCCUGAAGGUGGAAUUCUGAGUAGCACUACAGUACCCCUUGUCCAAGCAUCUUUCCCAGAGGGUGCUUUAACAAAAAGAAUUCGUGUGGGCCUCCAGGCCCAGCCCGUUCCAGAGGAAAUUGUGAAAAAGAUCCUUGGAAACAAAGCAACAUUUAGCCCAAUUGUCACUGUGGAACCAAGAAGAAGGAAAUUCCAUAAACCAAUCACAAUGACCAUUCCAGUGCCCCCGCCCUCAGGAGAAGGUGUAUCUAAUGGAUACAAGGGGGACACAACACCCAAUCUGCGCCUUCUCUGUAGCAUUACAGGGGGCACCUCGCCUGCUCAGUGGGAAGACAUCACAGGAACCACUCCUUUGACGUUUAUAAAGGACUGUGUCUCUUUUACAACCAAUGUUUCAGCCAGAUUUUGGCUUGCAGACUGCCAUCAAGUUUUAGAAACUGUUGGGUUAGCCACACAGUUAUACAGAGAAUUAAUAUGUGUUCCAUAUAUGGCCAAGUUUGUUGUUUUUGCCAAAAUGAAUGAUCCUGUAGAAUCCUCCCUACGAUGCUUCUGCAUGACAGAUGACAAAGUGGACAAAACUUUAGAGCAGCAAGAGAAUUUUGAGGAAGUUGCAAGAAGCAAAGACAUUGAGGUUCUGGAAGGAAAACCUAUUUAUGUUGAUUGUUAUGGAAAUCUGGCUCCACUGACCAAAGGAGGACAGCAACUUGUAUUUAACUUUUAUGCUUUCAAAGAAAAUAGACUGCCAUUUUCCAUCAAGAUUAGAGACACCAGCCAAGAGCCCUGUGGUCGUCUAUCUUUUCUGAAAGAACCAAAGACAACAAAAGGACUGCCUCAAACAGCUGUUUGCAACUUAAAUAUUACUCUGCCAGCACAUAAAAAGGAGACAGAGUCAGAUCAAGAUGAUGAGACGGAGAAAGCAGAUCGACGACAGAGUUUUGCAUCUUUAGCUUUACGUAAGCGCUACAGCUACUUGACUGAGCCUGGAAUGAAAACAGUUGAACGGAGUGCAGGAGCAACAAGAUCCCUCCCCACCACUUACUCAUACAAGCCAUUCUUUUCUACAAGACCUUACCAGUCCUGGACAACAACUCCGAAUACAGUGCCCGGGCCAACCAAGUCAGGCUUCACUUCCUUAUCAAGUUCUUCCUCUAAUACGCCAUCCGCUUCUCCAUUAAAAUCAAUAUGGUCCGUUUCAACUCCUUCUCCAAUCAAAUCCACGUUAGGCGCAUCAACGACAUCUUCAGUUAAAUCUGUUAAUGACGUGGCGUCUCCAAUUAGAUCAUUUCGGACAAUGUCUUCGCCAAUAAAAACGGUGGUGUCACAGUCUCCAUAUAAUAUGCAAGUUGCCUCUGGUACCCUGGUUAGAGCUCCGGCAGUCACGGAGGCUAUGCCCUUAAAGGGGUUGGCAUCCAGUUCUACGUUUUCCUCUCGAAGCUCUCCUGUGACUACAGCAGGGUCUCUUUUGGAGAGGUCAUCAAUUACUAUGACACCCCCUGCCUCCCCCAAAUCAAACAUUAAUAUGUAUUCCUCAAGUUUACCAUUUAAGUCAAUUAUUACAUCAGCGGCACCACUAAUAUCUUCACCUUUAAAGUCAGUGGUGUCUCCAGCUAAAUCAGCAGUUGAUGUCAUUUCUUCAGCUAAAGUUACGAUGGCAUCAUCUCUCUCAUCACCCUUGAAGCAGAUGUCUGGACAUGCAGAGGUAGCGUUAGUCAAUGGAUCUAUUUCUCCUUUGAAAUAUCCAUCAUCUUCAACUUUAAUUAAUGGAUGCAAAGCCACUGCCACGUUACAGGACAAAAUUUCUACAGCUACAAACUCUGUAAGCUCUGUGGUGAAUGCAGCCACUGACACAGCUGAGAAAGUGUUUUCUACCACAACAGCAAUGCCCUUUUCCCCACUCAGGUCAUAUGUUUCUGCAGCACCAUCAGCUUUUCAGUCUCUAAGAACUCCUUCCGCAAGUGCACUCUACACAUCUCUUGGGUCAUCAAUAUCUGCAACUACCUCAUCUGUAACUUCAUCAAUAAUAACAGUGCCAGUCUACUCUGUAGUCAAUGUUUUGCCAGAACCAGCAUUAAAGAAACUUCCAGACUCUAAUUCACUUACAAAAUCAGCAGCAGCCUUGCUGUCGCCCAUUAAAACAUUGACUACGGAGACACGCCCCCAGCCCCAUUUCAAUCGGACUGCAUCUCCAGUUAAGACAUCUUUGUUCCUUGCACCUUCUGCCCUUAAGCUGUCUACACCAUCUUCUUUAUCUUCUAGUCAGGAGAUACUAAAAGAUGUGGCUGAAAUGAAGGAGGACCUAAUGCGGAUGACCGCAAUACUACAGACAGAUGUGCCAGAGGAGAAGCCAUUCCAACCUGAACUCCCCAAGGAAGGGAGAAUUGAUGAUGAAGAACCCUUCAAAAUUGUUGAAAAAGUCAAAGAAGACUUAGUGAAAGUUAGUGAAAUCCUUAAAAAAGAUGUAUGUGUAGAUAACAAAGGAUCACCCAAAUCACCAAAGAGUGACAAGGGACACUCUCCUGAAGAUGACUGGAUAGAAUUUAGUUCUGAAGAAAUAAGAGAAGCAAGACAACAGGCUGCUGCGAGCCAUUCUCCAUCUCUGUCAGAAAGAGUGCAAGUGAAAGCAAAGGCUGCCUCUGAGAAGGAUUAUAACUUGACCAAAGUUAUUGAUUACCUAACAAAUGAUAUUGGGAGUAGUUCACUGACAAAUUUAAAGUAUAAGUUUGAGGAUGCAAAGAAGGAUGGUGAGGAGAGACAGAAAAGAAUUUUAAAACCAGGAAUUGCUUUGCAGGAACACAAACUCAAAAUGCCGCCAGCCUCCAUGAGGCCCUCCACCUCUGAGAAGGAAUUAUGUAAAAUGGCUGACUCCUUUUUUGGAACAGAUACUAUUUUAGAGUCUCCAGAUGACUUUUCUCAACAUGACCAAGAUAAAAGUCCCUUGUCGGACAGUGGCUUUGAAACAAGAAGUGAAAAAACACCUUCAGCCCCACAAAGUGCUGAAAGCACUGGUCCCAAGCCACUUUUUCAUGAAGUCCCCAUCCCUCCUGUCAUUACGGAAACAAGAACUGAAGUAGUUCAUGUCAUCAGGAGCUAUGAGCCCUCCUCUGGGGAUGUUCCCCAGUCCCAACCAGAGGAACUAGUGUCACCCAAACCUUCCCCUACAUUUAUGGAAUUAGAACCAAAGCCUACCACCUCUAGUAUUAAAGAAAAAGUGAAGGCAUUUCAAAUGAAAGCCAGCAGUGAAGAAGAUGACCACAGUCGGGUUUUGAGCAAAGGCAUGCGUGUGAAAGAGGAGACUCACAUAACCACAACCACCAGAAUGGUUUAUCAUUCCCCACCAGGCAGUGAAGGUGCCUCUGAAAGAAUUGAAGAAACCAUGUCAGUCCACGACAUCAUGAAGGCUUUUCAGUCCGGGCGGGAUCCUUCCAAAGAACUGGCAGGGCUAUUUGAACAUAAGUCGUCAGUGUCUCCAGAUGUUCACAAGUCUGCUGCUGAAACGUCAGCCCAGCAUGCAGAGAAGGACAACCAAAUGAAACCCAAACUGGAGCGUAUAAUAGAAGUCCACAUCGAAAAAGGUAACCAAGCUGAGCCCACUGAAGUCAUUAUUAGAGAAACCAAAAAGCAUCCAGAAAAGGAAAUGUAUGUAUAUCAGAAAGACUUAUCCCGGGGAGAUAUUAACCUAAAAGAUUUUCUACCAGAAAAACACGAUGCUUUUCCUUGUCCAGAGGAACAGGGUCAGCAAGAAGAAGAAGAACUUACUGCGGAAGAGUCAUUGCCUUCUUAUCUGGAGUCUUCCAGAGUAAACACUCCUGUGUCCCAAGAAGAAGAUAGCCGCCCUAGUUCUGCUCAACUCGUAUCCGAUGACUCCUAUAAAACAUUGAAGCUUUUGAGUCAACACUCCGUAGAAUACCAUGAUGAUGAGUUGUCAGAGCUAAGAGGGGAGUCUUACAGGUUUGCUGAGAAAAUGCUUCUGUCAGAAAAGCUAGAUGUGUCUCAUUCUGAUACUGAGGAAUCGGUUACAGACCAUGCAGGAACCCCUAGCUCAGAGUUACAGGGGUCUGAUAAGCGGUCCAGAGAAAAAGUAGCCACUGCCCCCAAAAAAGAAAUACUCUCCAAAAUCUAUAAAGAUGUGUCUGAAAAUGGUGUAGGUAAAGUGUCUAAAGAUGAGCAUUUUGAUAAAGUGACAGUAUUGCACUAUUCUGGCGAUGUUAGUAGUCCAAAACAUGCUAUGUGGAUGCGCUUUACUGAGGACAGAUUAGACAGAGGUAGAGAAAAGUUGAUAUAUGAAGAUAGGGUGGACAGGACUGUAAAGGAGGCUGAAGAAAAGCUGACAGAAGUAUCACAGUUUUUUCGUGACAAAACUGAGAAACUAAAUGAUGAACUGCAGUCCCCAGAGAAAAAGCCACGCCCCAAAAAUGGCAAAGAAUGCUCUUCUCAAAGCUCUACCAGUAGCAGCCCUGAGAAAGUACUAACAGAACUGUUAGCAUCCAAUGAUGAGUGGGUUAAGGCAAGGCAGCAUGGCCGUGACGGACAAGGCUCCCCCAAGGCCGAUGAGAGGACAGCAUCCAGUUUGCCCAGCAGCCCGGAGAAGAGAGUUGUGUCUGAACAGAGUGAAGAUGGCAAGUCCACCGUGGAGGCCAAAGGAAGUGUCCCACAGAGCAAAGCACCAGAAGGGCCCCAGUCUGGAUUUCAACUCAAACAAUCUAAACUCAGUUCCAUUAGAUUAAAAUUUGAACAAGGUACACAUGCAAAAAGUAAGGACAUAUCUCAAGAAGACAAAAAGCCAGAUGGCCAAUCCAGAAUCCCAGUUAAAAAAGUACAGGAGAGCAAGCUACCUGUCUACCAAGUGUUUGUUAGAGAAAAACAGCAGAAGGCCGUAGACCUCUCAGAGGAAAGCGUGUCUGUCCAAAAAGAUUUGAUGGUCCUAAAAGCUAAAGAUGAGCAUGUCCAAAGCAACGAGAUUGUUGUAAAUGAUUCUGGCUCUGAUGACGUGAAAAAACAGAGAACUGAAAUGUCAAGUAAAGCAAUGCCUGACUAUUUUUCUGAGGAACAGGCUAAAGACUUGGCAUGUCAUGUAACCUCAGAUUUAGCAACCAAGGGACCAUGGGACAAAAAGGUCUUUAGAACAUGGGAAAGUUCUGGAGCCACUAACAAUAAGUCACAGAAAGAAAAACUUUCACAUGUACUUGUUCAUGAUGUAAGAGAGAAUCACAUUGGUCACCCCGAGAGUAAAAGUGUUGAUCAAAAGAAUGAAUGUCUGUCUGUGACUGAGAGAGAACACAAAUUGUUAACAAAUGGCUCUCUCUCAGAAAUUAAAGAAAUGACUGUAAAAUCUCCCUCCAAGAAAGUUUUAUACAGGGAGUAUGUUGUUAAAGAAGGGGAACGUCCAGGUGGAGCUUUCGAUCAACCUCCCAGGAGAAGCGAGAGCUCAGCAAUGUCACACAUUCCAGUCAGAGUGGCUGAUGAGAGGAGAGUGCUGUCUCCUAAUAUUCCUGAUGGGUUUUGUGAGCAGUCGACAUUUCCAAAACAUGAACUAUCACAAAAAGUGUCCCAGUCAACUAUGAGUAAAGAGACAGUUGAGACACAGCACUUUAAUUCUGUAGAAGAUGAAAAAGUUACCUAUUCAGAAAUCAGCAAGGUUUCCAAACAUCAGAGUUACGUAGGCUUAUGCCCGCCUCUUGAUGAAACUGAGACUUCCCCCACCAAAUCUCCUGAUUCUUUAGAGUUUAGCCCAGGAAAGGAAUCUCCAUCUAGUGAUGUAUUUGACCACAGUCCCAUUGAUGUAUUGGAAAAACUUGCACCACUAGCCCAGACAGAGGGAGGGAAAGAGAUAAAAACUUUACCUGUUUAUGUCAGUUUUGUACAAGUGGGGAAGCAAUAUGAAAAGGAGAUACAACAGGGGGGUGUAAAAAAAAUCAUAAGUCAGGAAUGUAAGACAGUCCAAGAAACCAGAGGGACCUUUUAUACAACCAGACAGCAAAAGCAGCCUCCUUCUCCCCAAGGUAGUCCAGAAGAUGAUACUCUAGAGCAAGUGUCCUUUCUAGAUAGCUCUGGGAAAAGCCCUUUAACCCCAGAAACACCCAGUUCAGAGGAAGUAAGUUAUGAGUUUACGUCUAAGACCCCAGACUCACUAAUAGCUUAUAUACCAGGCAAACCUAGCCCAAUUCCGGAGGUUUCUGAGGAAUCAGAGGAGGAGGAGCAGGCCAAAUCAACCUCCCUGAAGCCCACUACGGUGGAAGAAACAGUGGUCGAGCGUGAAAUACCUAAAGAUGUGAGCAGAGACUCUAGCCCAAGACCCAAAAAUAACAGAGUUGCCUAUAUUGAAUUCCCCCCUCCUCCACCGCUGGAUGCGGACCAGAUCGAGUCAGAUAAGAAGCAUUAUCUUCCCGAAAGGGAGGUUGACAUGAUUGAAGUCAAUCUGCAAGAUGAGCAUGAAAAAUACCAGCUGGCUGAACCAGUCAUCAGAGUGCAGCCACCCUCACCAGUUCCUCCCGGGGCAGAUGCCACUGACUCAAGUGAUGAUGAAUCUAUUUAUCAGCCUGUCCCUGUUAAAAAAUAUACUUUCAAAUUAAAGGAAGUAGAUGAUGAACAAAAGGAAGUGACAAAAUCCAAAGCUUCUGCUGAAAAGGCUUCCAACCAGAAAGAACUGGAAAGUAACGGAUCUGGAAAAGAUAAUGAAUUUGGCCUUGGCCUUGACUCGCCUCAGAAUGAAACUGCCCAGAAUGGGAACAAUGACCAGUCCAUUACUGAGUGCUCUAUUGCCACCACGGCAGAGUUUUCUCAUGACACAGAUGCCACAGAGAUUGACUCUCUGGAUGGCUAUGAUCUGCAAGAUGAAGAUGACGGUCUGACAGAGAGUGAUUCGAAACUCCCAAGUCAAACUAUGGAAAUCAAAAAAGAUGUCUGGAACACAGAGGGCAUUCUGAAGCCAGCAGAUCGCUCUUUUAGCCAAAGCAAACUUGAAGUUAUUGAGGAGGAGGGAAAGGUGGGACCAGAUGAAGAUAAGCCAUCCUCCAAAAGUUCUUCAUCUGAAAGGACUCCUGAUAAGACUGAUCAGAAGUCGGGGGCCCAGUUUUUCACACUGGAAGGCCGACAUCCUGACAGAUCAGUGUUUCCUGAUACUUAUUUCAGUUACAAAGUAGAUGAAGAAUUUGCCACUCCUUUCAAAACAGUAGCUACCAAAGGUCUAGAUUUUGACCCUUGGUCUAAUAACCGAGGGGAUGAUGAAGUUUUUGAUGGUAAAUCACGGGAAGAUGAAACUAAGCCAUUUGGUCUGGCGGUGGAAGACCGCUCUCCAGCAACAACCCCUGACACUACGCCAGCCAGAACGCCAACUGAUGAAAGUACCCCAACUAGUGAGCCUAACCCUUUCCCAUUCCAUGAAGGAAAAAUGUUUGAGAUGACUCGCAGUGGUGCAAUUGACAUGAGCAAGAGGGAUUUUGUUGAAGAGAGGCUCCAAUUUUUCCAGAUUGGUGAGCAUACUUCUGAAGGGAAGUCAGGGGACCAGGGGGAAGGGGAUAAAAGUAUGGUCACUGCCACCCCACAGCCACAGUCAGGGGACACCACUGUAGAAACCAAUCUAGAGAGAAAUGUAGAGGCACCUCCAGUUGAACCUAACCCCAGCAGCCCGACCAGCGGCGAGUGUGAGGAAGGCACAUCCAGUGGUGGCUCCCUGGAGAGAUCAGCCGCAGACAGUAACACCUCUAAAGUUGACCCCAAGUCACGUACGCCUAUAAAAAUGGGAAUUUCUGCAUCUACUAUGACCAUGAAGAAAGAAGGCUCUGGAGAAGUGACAGAUAAGCUAGAAGCUGUGAUGACCAGUUUUCAGGGAUUAGAAAAUGAAAUUACAGUAAUUUCAAAUACAGCCAGUAGCCAGAUGGGCAUUAGGCCUCAAGAAAAACAUGAUUUUCAAAAAGAUAACUUUAAUAACAACAACAAUUUGGAUUCUUCCACUAUACAGACAGAUAACAUUACAAGUCAUGUAGUUCUGACAGAACAUUUUGCACCCACUUGUACCACAGAGAAAGCUAAUCCAGUGAAAGGCUCAUCAGGAAAAAAGACAGGGGUACUACAAGGACACUGUGCCAGAGAUAAGCAGAAAGUUCUUGGAGAGCAGCAAAAGACAAAAGAAUCGAUAGGGAUUAGGCGAAAAUCCAAACUUCCCAUAAAGGCCACUUCACCAAAAGAUAUCUUCCCACCAAACCAUAUGCCAAACAGUAAAACAAGUAAAAUGAAGCAGGUUAGUCCAUCCGAGAAAACCAAAACCCUUACUACUUCUUCAUGUGUAGAUGUGAAAUCCAGAAUUCCAGUAAAAAACACACACAGGGAAAAUCUAGUUUCAGUCAGAAAAGCAUGUGCCACACAAAAGCAAGGGCAGCCAGAGAAAGGCAAGGCCAAACAGCUUCCAUCCAAGUUGCCAGUAAAGGUAAGAUCCACCUGUGUCACCACCACCAACACCACCACCUCCACCACCACCACAGUUAAAGUUAGGAAAAGUCAGCUUCAGGAAGUAUGUAAACAUUCCAUUGAAUAUUUUAAGGGCAUUAGUGGCGAGACCUUAAAGCUUGUGGACCGCCUCUCUGAAGAAGACAAAAAGAUGCAGUCGGAGUUGUCCGAUGAGGAAGACAGUACCUCAAGAAACACGUCGUUGUCCGAGACUUCCCGGGGUGGCCAGUCUUCAGUUACAACGAAGUCUGCUAGAGAUAAGAAAACAGAGGCAGCACCUUUAAAAUCAAAGAGUGAAAAGGCCGGCAGUGAGAAAAGGAGCAGUAGGAGGACUGGUCCACAGAGUCCAUGCGAACGGACAGAUAUCAGGAUGGCAAUAGUAGCGGAUCACCUGGGACUUAGUUGGACUGAACUGGCAAGGGAACUGAAUUUUUCAGUGGAUGAAAUCAAUCAAAUACGUGUGGAAAAUCCAAAUUCUUUAAUUUCUCAAAGCUUCAUGUUAUUAAAAAAAUGGGUUACCCGAGAUGGAAAAAAUGCAACAACUGAUGCCUUAACUUCGGUCUUGACAAAAAUUAAUCGAAUAGAUAUAGUGACUCUACUAGAAGGACCAAUAUUUGAUUAUGGAAAUAUUUCAGGCACCAGAAGUUUUGCAGAUGAAAACAGUGUUUUCCAUGAUCCUGUUGAUGGUUGGCAGAAUGAGACAUCAAGUGGAAACCUAGAGUCCCCUGCUCAAGCUCGAAGAAUAACUGGUGGGUUACUAGAUCGACUGGAUGACAGCCCUGAUCAGUGCAGAGAUUCCAUUACCUCAUAUCUCAAAGGAGAACCUGGAAAAUUUGAAGCUAAUGGAACCCAUGCAGAAGUCACACCUGAAGCAAAGACAAAAUCUUACUUUCCAGAAUCCCAAAAUGAUUUAGGAAAACAGAGUGCUAAGGAAACUCUGAAACCCAAAAUACACGGAUCUGGUCGUGCUGAGGAACCAACAUCACCACUAGCAGCAUAUCAGAAAUCUCUGGAAGAAACCAGCAAGCUUGUAAUAGAAGAGCCUAAACCCUGUGUGCCUGUCAGUAUAAAAAAGAUGAGUAGGACUUCUCCUCCUGAUGGCAAGCCAAGGCUUAACCUCCAUGAAGAAGAGGGAUCUAGUGGGUCUGAGCCAAAGCAGGGAGAAGGUUAUAAGGUGAAGAUGAAGAAAGAAAUACGGCAUGUGGAAAAGAAGAGCCACUCCUAACAGUGAACGGUCAGUCAAGGAUCAUGUGUUUUUACUGCCAGGUAAAGAAAUUCAUGGAAGAAAUAUCGGAAGUAAAAAAUUUACGGAGAAGGGUGUGUGUGUUUGCUGCUUCCACACAUUAAUGGCAUGAUUUUUUUAUGCAAAAAGAAAACCAGAAAAAGAAAACAACUCAUUUUAAUUUAGCAUGAGCCAAUUUACAGAGCAUGGAAAUUCACUUUCAUUUCCGGGAUUGGCGCGUGUGCAAUUAGCAAUGCAGUGUAUACAAGAAGCCAUGCUGUUAACAGUUUAUCUCAAGUAAUUUGGUGUCAUUUACAAAAGGAAGAAAUUCCUGCCGCCAGAAGAGACAGAAGGAGAUGUAAUGAUCAAAUCAAGUAGAAACACUAAAAUUACUAAAUCCACAACAGCUCGCCUUAUUUUUCUUGGACCCAAACUGUCAGGGUAUAAACACUAUUUGUUUCUUUUUUAAAACAUCAAUAGUUUUGCUGUAAAUAAUAACACUGUAAAAAUUCUAACAGACAGAUAGAAUAAAUGUUGAUAAGGCACUGCCUCUUAGAACACAAACAGAAUAUUGCAAAUGCAUUUAAAUAAUAAGAGUCUCAAGUGACUUCACCCUAGAAGAGGAGGGAGGGAUUCUGGGUGGGGGGGACUCUUCACCAACUCUUGUAUAUUAGCAAUUAUAAUGUUUGUAUAUGCAAAACUGCUAGCUUGAUUUUAAAAAGAAAAGCAAAUCUUUAAAAUCUGCUGCAAAUUUAAAUAAUUCCCAAAAUGAGGAAUUCUGUAGUUCUGUGAAAAAAUUUUUCUUCAGAAUACUAAUAUUUUGGUGCAUGUGUAUCACCUUAUUUUGAUUAAAUCUUUUCCAAUUUUGCAAACACUACAGUAUACUGCAACACAGAAGAUUUUAUCUGUAAACACAAAGCCCUUCAUCUAAUAUUUGUUGCUAUUGCCAAUUUUUCAAUGAAAUGACCUAAAAAUAGAAAAAAAAAAAACUAUGCAGUAGUUGCUUUAGGGGGUGGGGGGAUGCUGUUAGUGCUUAAAAGGGGGAAAUGCUUGCCGCUAUAGAGGUGGAUGGUGCUCAUAAGAGGCCCCAGCUGGGGGGAUUUAAAAUGGACUGAACAGAAAUCCUUAGCUAGUAGAAUGGCAGCACGCUAUAAAAUUAUUCCUGUAUCGUGUACCAGCCAUGAAAUGUAGACAACUUUCAGUAAGCCAAUCAUUUGUAACCAUUCUAGCAGUGUCAUAUUAGGUUAAUAAGGCUGCUGUGUUUGAAAGGGCAUUUUUAUUUGGGUUUUGGUGAAAUUCUUUAAUUUGUUGAUGAUUCACAUAAAAUCAGCAUUCACUGACACAUAACUUUAAUGACAUAUGUAUGAAAAACCAGACACUGGAUGACCUAGUCAAUUAUUUAAAGAAAAUAAAUUGUGUUAAAACUCUUCACCUA